AUGAGAAAUUUAAGCCCUCCAAGCAUGUGCAAUGGGACGAGGUUGCUCAUUAAGGAGUUAAAGGAAAAUUUAAUUGUAGCGACUAUUAUGACCGGUCCAGCAGCUGGUCAACUAGCUCAUAUACCGAGGAUACCGAUGAUCCUAACUGAUUUACCAAUCCCCUUUAAACGGCUUCAAUUUCCGUUGGGAUCAAUCUGCGAAAGAAAUAUUUUACUCAUGGUCAAUUAUACGUUGGCCUAUCGCGGGUCCCCUGAAAAUCAAUUUAUUUUUCUGCCACAAAAUAAAACCGCAUCAAAUAUUGUUUACAGGGAGGCUCUUACUCAAUAA